AUAUCUAGCUCUCCUGCAGUCUGCGGGAGAACUUCCAUCUUGCAAUCAACUUCUCUGCUGACUCUUACUUCUGACAAAGCCAACUUCACCACUCGCAUCAUGACUGACCUUUACUUUGACGAGGACACCUUGACUACCGUUCAGGAUCUCUGGAAGAAUCUUAGCUACGCGAAGAGCAAGAACCAUAAGCCUGAGCUGCUCAAGGAGGAGGAGGAGAUUCUCGACUUCUACAAGGGAUGGGCUCGAUGCUUGAACCAGGAGUUCAACGAGGACUCGGAGACGGGCAAGAAAUUCUAUCAGAUCGACGACGUCGUUACGUACGACCUGUUUGGAUUUACCGGAAGAGGCGACUUCAAGGAACACUUUGAGCAGACUUUCCCAUACUUUGCAAAUGCCAAGGUGGACUUCAAAGAUCUCGAAGUCUUUGCUACGUCCAAGACCUCAGGAUACGCUACAAUGGUGCAGCGCCUUCGCGGAAAGUCUAGAGAUGACAAGCCGUUCACUAUGAUCUAUCGUAUCACUGGCCUCCUUACCAAGACUGACGAAGGCAACUGGCAGUGGGUUCACGAGCACGUAUCGUUCCCUGUCAACAUGGCCACCAAGGAGGCAGACUUUACGUCAUCGAUCGAUCCGAAGAAGGCUUUCCAUUUCUAAGCAGAUGGGAGUUUGUGUUGCUUUUAAGCAGUGAUUAGCUGUACGCGAGUAUAGCCGUUAUCUACUUCAAAUAUAACUAGUGCUUUAUUCAUAUGACUGAAAAACCACCUACAACUUGUAACGUGUAGCGCUGUCUGGAGACUUGAGAUCGUCGGUGACACA